AAUUGGGAUAACUAAGCUCUUCCAAUUUUCCCAUUGAAAAAUUGCACUUGGAAAGCGUCGUCGACGACUUUAGGAAAAGUUGUUAUUCACUCUAUCCCUUUUGUCACAAUGAAAGCUUGGCUUCACCAAUAUAGCGUUGUUGGAAGAAAAAUACCGACUCAAGAGGAACCUGAACCGCCUAUUUACCGCCUUAAGAUCUUCGCGCCCAACGUCGUCAACGCCAAGUCUCGUUUCUGGUACUUUUUACGUAAACUUAAACGAGUAAAGAAAUCUUCGGGUGAAAUUUUGAACAUCAGUGAAAUAUUUGAGAAAAAGUCUACUCAAGUCAAGAAUUACGGAAUUUGGAUAAGAUACAAAUCGAGGUCAGAUACUAUCAAUAUGUAUAGAGAGUAUCGGGACGUGACAGUGAACGGUGCUGUAGAACAAAUGUACAAGGAUAUGAGUGGUCGUCAUCGUGCCCGUUGGAGUUCCAUUUGGGUACUUAAAGCUAUGCCAGUUGCAGCAAAAGAUUGUAGGCGUUCGAAGGUCACCCAAUUCCAUGACAGUAAGAUCAAGUUUGCUUUACCUCAUAUGCGUCCAAGAGCUCCACUGAAGAAAUACAAUACACCAUUUAAAGCAAAGAGACCAACAACUAUAGUACAAUAAAGAAUUCGUUUUGUGGAAUUGUUGAUGCAAAAUUGUUUCUCGAGUAGGGAAUUGCUAUUGGAACGCUUAGAAGAACGAAAAUAUUGCCUACAAGAGAUCAUAUCCAAAUGUCUACAAGAUAAAGACUUGAAGUAUCAG